AUGAGCGCAAGGAGUCAGUACGACGCGAGGUGUCGGCCUCUGGCACCCUUUCUGCCAGGCCCGCCGGAAGAGUCGGUCGGCGACCACGCCGAGGCCAUCAACAAGCUCACGGUCGACGACCUCCAGGAGCUCAUCCAGAAGGCCGCCGCCCGCAUCGCCCACAACGACGAGCUCGCGGGCGAGCCGCACGUGUCGAAGAAGCGCCCGCGUCAGCCCCAGGCCGAGGAACCCACGGCCCAGGACGACGACGACGACGAGGCUUCGGACGCCGAGACGACGCCGACCAAGAAGCUUUCGCCGACCAAGCCCGUGGUGGCCGCCACCAACGAGCCCAAGCCCAACGGCGACGCGUUCAAGUCGAAGAAAAAGAAGCACAAGAGCAAGAAGAAGGUGGUGCUGUCGACGCCCAACUAA